GCCGCACGCCGCUAUCCCGACAGCCCUCGCGCGGGCGCGCGGCUUUAAGCGGGCGGAAGAACCCGCGUGCGAGGCCGGGACGGCGGGCGGAAGCGGCUCGCACGGUAGGCGCAGCCAUGCCCGGGGACCACCGCCGCAUCCGCGGGCCCGAGGAGUCGCAGCCGCCGCAGCUGUACGCGGCCGACGAGGAUGAGGCGCCCGCCGCCCGCGACCCGACGCGGCUGCGGCCCGUGUACGCGCGCGCCGGGCUGCUGAGCCAGGCCAAGGGCUCGGCCUACCUGGAGGCGGGAGGCACCAAGGUGCUGUGCGCCGUGUCCGGCCCGCGCCAGGCCGAGGGCAGCGAGCGCGGCGGCGGCCCGGCCGGAGCGGGCGGCGAGGCCCCGGCCGCCCUGCGCGGCCGCCUGCUCUGCGAUUUCCGCCGCGCGCCCUUCGCGGGCCGCCGGCGCCGCGCGCCCCCGGGCGGCGGGGAGGAGCGCGAGCUGGCGCUGGCCCUGCAGGAGGCGCUGGAGCCGGCGGUGCGCCUGGGCCGCUACCCGCGCGCGCAGCUCGAGGUGUCGGCGCUGCUGCUCGAGGACGGCGGCUCGGCGCUGGCCGCCGCGCUCACCGCCGCCGCGCUCGCCCUGGCCGACGCGGGCGUCGAGAUGUACGACCUGGUGGUGGGCUGCGGCCUGAGCCGCACGCCGGAGCCGGCGCCCACCUGGCUGCUGGAUCCCACGCGACUCGAGGAGGAGCACGCCGCCGCCGGCCUCACCGUGGCGCUCAUGCCGGUGCUCAACCAGGUGGCCGGGCUGCUGGGCAGCGGGGAGGGCGGCCCAACCGAGAGCUGGGCCGAGGCAGUGCGUCUGGGCCUGGAGGGCUGCCAGCGCCUCUACCCCGUCUUGCAGCAGUGCUUGGUGCGGGCUGCGCGCCGGAGGGGCGCCGCCGCGCCGUCCUGAACCAGAAGCCCGAGCCACGACGGACGGCGAGGACCUAGCUGCCGCCGCCCUCCGAAGGACCCGUGCCCUCAGCUUCCAGACUGAGCGGAGCUGAGAAUUCGGAGGGCCAGGGCGGGUCUGAGGCGGCGUGCACAGAACCGAUGCCCUGGACAGCCGUGUUGGAACGGAUUUCUUACACACUGCCAUUAAAGAAACUUUUCUGCUUGAGCUGGUGCUUCCCAGCUACGACCCAGUUGAAGACACUUGCUAAUGCGGCCUGACUCCCGAGUUGGAAAGGACUUUUCAGGCGGACUUGCCUGGAAAACUGGCCUUGGAGCUUUUGUCUUGUAAGGGAUGGACCCUAUGCAGGCCAGCUGGUGACUCCCUUCUGUAGAACUGGUCUGCUCUUGAGAGAAUGGACAAGAGGGCUGGGCCUUCUCAUUUAUAUUUGAGCUAAAACAAACUCCUUUGUAUCUGGAAAA